AUGUGUUUGAGGAAGUUUCGGUACUCAAGUACCAGGCCUCUUAAAGGGCGGGGAAGGAGCGUGCAGGGAGGAGCGUGCAGGGAGGAGCGUGCAGGGGGCCAGGGAGGAGCGUGCAGGGGGCCAGGGAGGAGCGUGCAGGGGGCCAGGGAGGAGCCUGGAGAGAGCAGUGAGGAGCCUGGAGAGAGCAGUGAGGAGCCUGGCGAGAGCAGUGAGGAGCCUGGCGAGAGCAGUGAGGAGCCUGGCGAGAGCAGUGAGGAGCCUGGCGAGAGCAGUGAGGAGCCUGGCGAGAGCAGUGAGGAGCCUGGCGAGAGCAGUGAGGAGCCUGGAGAGAGCAGUGAGGAGCCUGGCGAGAGCAGUGAGGAGCCUGGAGAGAGCAGUGAGGAGCCUGGAGAGAGCAGUGAGGAGCCUGGAGAGAGCAGUGAGGAGCCUGGAGAGAGCAGUGAGGAGCCUGGAGAGAGCAGUGAGGAGCCUGGAGAGAGCAGUGAGGAGCCUGGAGAGAGCAGUGAGGAGCCUGGAGAGAGCAGUGAGGAGCCUGGAGAGAGCAGUGAGGAGCCUGGAGAGAGCAGUGAGGAGCCUGGAGAGAGCAGUGAGGAGCCUGGAGAGAGCAGUGAGGAGCCUGGAGAGAGCAGUGGAGGAGCCUGGAGAGAGCAGUGA